UUACAUGCAGGCCAGGCAGGCACACUGCCAGGCCACGGUUCCUGCCCUACUCCUUGCUGCCAGUCCUGGGUUACUGCUACUUUAUAGCUGGAAAUCCCUUAUGUACGAUGGAACUCCUUUCAAACUAUUGUGAAAUUGUUGGAAACAACAUGAAACCAUCACACAUAUUUCAGCACCAAAAUCCUUUCUCCUUUCCUGUGACCAAAUUCUGCCCAUCAAACCGACAUUCAACACAGUGCCAAGCCAAAUACAUUCAGAAUGUGGCCGGUAACUUUAGUUUUUCUAAAGAGGUAAUAAAAGACCGAGGGCUCGCCAGUCUGUCCUAUCACGAGUGGAAUUCAAAUGAUGUAUAUAAUCCCUCGGAUAUCGUUUCACAAUUAAAAAAUAGAACAAAGAUACAGCCAAAGACAAACAAAUUGUGUCAUGUGAGACAAUCAGUAAGCUCCAAACAAACUGAAGUAAAAAGUUGUAUUGGUUUUGGAACUAGUCUGUGGAGAAAAAGUGAGGAAGAUGGACCAAGGGAAUACAUACAAUAUGCCGGCGGAUCCCGGACCGGACCGGAUCCCAGACCAAAAAGUGUUGCCGUGGAGAACACAAAAUCAAAAACCUUUUUAACGGAGAUACCCAGCAUAUUUACUCCAUGUAAAAAUAGAAUGGAACAGCAAUCUAAGGCGUGUUUUCCUUCUGGGUCGCACAAUGUGCCUUUGAGCUGCAAUGAAGUUCUCCUGAAGAUGGAGACGAAGGCUCCAGGUCACUGGUUUAAGGGUCACCAAAUAGAAAGUGAGAAAGCCAAGCAUCGUUCCUUCCAACACAAUGGAUUGAGUAACUCCACAGAGCCGUUUAGUGAAGAGCACAUGUUGGAGGAGAACUUCAGAACCUGUAAUGGGCUAGAACAGGUACAACUACAGACUGAUCAAGUCAUUAUAGAAGUGCCGACACCUGAAACACUGCUUCCCGCGUAUUAUAAGAUGCCGGGCUAUUCCUCUCCACCAAGACACAUGCAGGAGGUUGGAGGCAAAAACAGCACGGCAGAAACAUUAACCAUCAAACAUAUUGAACUGUCUCCACCUCUGCGGCUCCAAGAUCUGAUAAAUCCAAAGGCUGGGAAAUAUGUCUAUGCCACUGAGAAUGGAUUUGAGAAAGAGCUUUACUCAGAGGAGAGUAAAAUGAUACAUCAGAAGGACAGAAAAGAUAAGAAUUACAUCGUCAUGGACAGCAAAAACAUAUAUAAAAAGCACGUUCAGGAAUCACUGCCCAGGUCUUACCGGGGAUGGUUCUCCACCGGUGGACAUGCAGGUGCCAACUGGAAAGACGCGACUCUGGAACAGCUCACAAGAGAUCUUGGCAGUAUACACAACACCCACAAAAUCUCGGCUCUUAUAACUAUAGCUACUUCAGCUGUUGCUGGUACACAACUUGAGACUUUGCCCCAAGAGCUGGAAGCUAAAAUAAAUAGCAGCCCAAACAGGACGCUGGCUGUGCCACCAUUACCGGCAGAGAUACUAGACCUGGUCUCUGACGCCCUGCUGCAUAAGGAUGCUCUUGUGAGGAUGGCAGCUGCUCUGUGUCAGUUCCUUACCCGGCAAGUUAGCGAGGAGGCAAGGAAGCUCAUGUUCGGUUUCCUGGAAAGUGGUGCGGAUGCGGACAGCUGGGCCGCUGCCCAGUGUCUGGCUUUGGAGGGAAAUCACAGUUACCUUGUAAUAAAGAGGAUCCUCACCCGGCUGUUUGACGUGGCGAAUAAAGAAACAGAGGAACUCUGUUGCUAUUUGUUGCGUGAACUUAGUAAACACACAACUCUGGUACAUGCCAUGGUGGGGGAAACACUCAACAGUGGUAACUGGACAGAUAGGACUGCUGCCUGCAGAGCCCUCGCUUACCUCCAUGGGGACAUCAGCCAGGAUCUAAAGAACAAGUUGAGUCAUCUCAUGUGGAAUGAUUGGAGCCCUACUGUUCGUGGGGCAGCUGCCAAAGCACUUGGCAAACUGGGUAAGGGAAAGGAGGUACAUGACCAGAUAAGGAAGCACUUGGAGUGUGACAGUUGGAAAGCCAAAGUGGAAGCCUUGUGCCUCAUUGGUGGGGUUCGGAUAAUGACCGCCCAGCUGCUCCCAGGAUUCUUGCAGUGCUUUGCUAAUGACUUUGUAGCUGUUCGCAGGCAGGCCUGUCAGACUGCUGGUCUGCUCCGGAUAAAAGAUGAGAUGGUCAUAAACUGUCUCUACCAGCUAAUUCAGAGUGAUCCAGUGUGGAAAAUCCAAGCGCAGGCAAUCAAAGCUCUGGGCAAACUGGGGCUUAUUACAUCCGGUGUGAAAGAGCUUCUGUUGCGCGCUGUGCAGGCUGGACAUCCAGGAGUACGUAUAGAGGCAUAUCGCUGCAUUGCCAGACUGCACUUGUGUGAUUCUGAAGUUCAGCAUGCUCUGCAAGACAGGCUGACCCUGGAAUCCCAUGAACUCGCCAGUAGGGAGGUGAAACAGACGUUGACGGCUCUAAACUUGGCGCACAUUGGGAACCAGGAGAUGAUCUCAGUGAUCAAGCAACAGAUGCCAAAGUUAUGCAGGAAGGAAUUGCUGUUUCCCAAAGUACUGAAGGUGACUGAAGCUCUGGAUUCUGGGCACAAAGACAUGGAACAGCUGCUGCAGAACCUCCUGACUACAGACACAAGCUGCAAGAACCUGGAGCUUUCUGGGAUGUUAACAAGGAGCUCACCGGCGCUACUGGAUGAUGGACCAAGCCCAGUGUCAUAGCAAAAGUGGACCCACGACAGAGUACAGCAGCAUUACCCAGGACCACAGCACAGCAUAAAUCCAUUCUAACCUGCGAUCAACCCCCAAGAGUGAAACACUAUGUUAAAUAAAGCCGAGACAUAAAAUAACCUUCAGUGCCAUCAAAUAUAAUAAUAGAUUGUUAAAUAUUAAAACAUUAAAGUGA